AUGCCCAGUCAACAGCAGAUUGCCUGGAUUAUCUACCUUAUCAUCUUCAUCCCAAUAUUUAUUUCGUUGGUCUGGAGAUGUAAAUUCAGUGUAAUGACUACCCCCAUUAUCUUUUUCACCCUUCUCUGCAUCGUUGGCUUGUGUGUCCUCCUGUUUGGCCAGUCUUCCGAAUAUGGAAGCUUUUCUUUUAUGGCUGGACACAGCCAGAUCCUUGGACAGUUCCCACUGAUAUCAAUCCUACUUUUUGCCGCUGUACUUAACCCACAAGUAGCAUACAUUCAGCACGCAUUCAAAAUUGGACCUUCUAUAUCAUCAUCAGAAGCAUUUAUUAUCCCGCCUGGAUCUACCACUCGAACGAGAAGCUCAGGAAGCUUUGAUAUGGAAAAACCUCCACCUCUGUUUUCCAAAGAACCAUCAUACCAAAAAGAGCUUAUGCCUCCCAAGCUUCCAAUCCCUUCUAGGGUACCUAAUACUCUCGGGAAUGCAGUCUUUAAAAAAUAUUAUGUAUCCGUCAUAGGAAUAUUCACACUAUACACCAUAACAGCCAUCGCUUUCAUCUGUAUCCGCUUAAUCGAAGACAACUAUCAGGUUUAUACCCAUAUCGCAAUCUGCACCACAAUUUUAGCUGCAAUUUCCUGGAUCAACAUUACCAUGUUAUUUUAUGGCACCAGAAACGAUGUUUCUCGUCAUAUUCCCCUGUUCCGCUUGCGCCAGAAUGAUACCCAGCGUGUGUGGAUUAUAUCCCUUCUAUUCUCCUAUUCAAUCACAGGAAUGGCGAUUGUCUCUUGGAUUUAUUGGUCUCUUCAAAUAAACGCAGCGUCAAUUGACAUCGCAUAUUGGAUAGUAAUCGAAGCUUUGCUGGUAUACACACCUCUGGUCGCGCUUUUACUGUUCUAUAUACGCGAGAAGAAGAUAUCCUUAAUUAAAAAUCAAUACAGCUUGCACAUGGAAACCAAGCGUAAGAGCGCAACCAUGGGCCCAAAGUCCCAUGCUCAAGAGGAGAUGAAGUACGUUACUAGAGAAAUAAGUCUGCAGACUGCUCGUCACACCCCUGCUCCUGUUGAAUCCCACUCGCGUCCUUUGUCUUACCAAAACAGAACAGAACCUCUUCCUCUUUGA